ACCAAAAUUUAAACAAUCUUGGUGAUUUUCUCAAGAGUAAAAAUCAAAUCUCGGCCGACGCAAUCCUUUUUCCUCUCCAACCCAUUUUCACAGUCCUUCCUCUUAUACCGCCGGCCGACGGAUUAUCCCGUUCAAAUCUUCUUCUUCGUCUUCAAAUUCUCGACACACAGACAUCUAUUUAACUCAAAGAUAGCUGCUUGGAGAUUGUGGCUUGUUGAAAUCAUAGUGGUUCAAGUGAUUUAUGGUGGAAUUUUUCUUGAAGUUUUUGGGUAUUUGGGUUCUUACUUGUUGCCCAUUUGUUAAAUUCCUGAAAUUUAGCAUUAUUAAUGCUGAGUUUUGUCAUUUGUGGUAGUUUCUGAAUGAAACAAGGCAUUUUGAAGUGGAAAAAAACGAGGCCUUUUAAAAUGUGGGUUUGGUCUAAAUGAACAACGAUAAUGGCUGAACAGGGCUUAUCUGUAGUGUCCAGUGCGAAUGCAACUAUCCCUCUGCCCGGCCACUCGACCGAAGAUGUUUACCAGGUUUCUAGUGUGAAUGCAAGUGUAUCUUUGACGAGUCAGACUUUGGUUGUUGGGCAGGAGUUCCCUGAUGUGGAUACUUGUAGAAGAACAUUGAAGGAUAUAGCCAUAGCAUUGCAUUUUGAGAUUCGGAUAGUGAAAUCUGAUAGGAGUAGGUUUAUAGCCAAGUGUUCUAAAGAUGGUUGUCCGUGGCGUGUCCACGUUGCAAAGUUGCCAGGAGUUCCCACAUUUACCAUUAGAACGCUUAAUGCAGAGCACACGUGUGAAGGCGUCCAAAAUCUUCAUCAUCAACAGGCAUCUGUGGGCUGGGUUGCACGAUCUAUGGAAGCACGUAUCAGGGAUAAUCCACAAUACAAGCCGAAGGAGAUUUUGCAAGAUAUUCGUGAUCAACAUGGGGUAGCAGUCUCUUAUAUGCAGGCCUGGAGAGGGAAGGAACGUAGUAUGGCUGCAUUGCAUGGGACUUAUGAAGAAGGUUUCAAGCUUCUACCUGCAUAUUGUGAGCAGAUAAGGAAAACUAAUCCAGGCAGCAUUGCUUCUGUUGUUGCCACAGGACAAGAAAAUUCAUUCCAACGGUUAUUUGUUUCUUAUCGCGCUGCAAUCUAUGGAUUCAUUAAUGCUUGCCGGCCACUUUUAGAACUGGACAGAGUCCAUCUUAAAGGGAAGUACUUAGGAACAUUGUUUUGUGCUGCUGCCAUUGAUGCCGAUGAUCAACUGUUUCCAUUGGCAAUAGCUGUCGUUAAUGUGGAAAGUGAUGAGAAUUGGAUGUGGUUCAUGUCAGAGCUGCGUAAGCUUCUAGGGGUGAACACUGAUAGUAUGCCCAGGCUCACAAUACUUUCUGAGAGAACAAUAGGUAUGGUGGAGGCUGUCGAGACUCAUUUUCCUAAUGCAUUCCACGGUUUUUGCCUGCGAUUUAUCAGCGAGAACUUCCGUGAUACAUUCAAGAACUCAAAGUUGGUGAACAUAUUCUGGAAUGCUGUUUAUGCGCUCACAACAGCUGAAUUCGAAAAUAAAAUUUCUGAGAUGGUGCAGAUUUCAGAGGAUGUCUUGCCUUGGCUACACCAUUUCAACCCUCAGCUAUGGGCCGUGGCAUACUUUGAAGGUGUACGCUACGGCCACUUCACCUUGACUGUCACAGAAUUGCUGUACAAUUGGGCAUUAGAAUGUCACGAGCUCCCUAUUGUACAGAUGAUGGAGCAUAUUCGGCAUCAGUUAGCAUCAUGGUUCAACGAACGUCUUAACAUAGGAAUGCGACUGACCUCAAUUCUUGUACCCUCUGCUGAAAAGCGGAUUUCAGAAGCUAUUUCAGAUGCUCGCUGUUACAAAGUGCUCCGUGCCAACGAGGUUGAGUUUGAGAUUGUUUCAACUGAAAGGACAAACAUCGUGGACAUAAGAAAUCGAGUUUGCUCAUGUCGCCGUUGGCAGCUCUACGGUCUGCCAUGUGCACAUGCAGCUGCAGCUCUGAUCUCCUGUGGGCAAAAUGCUCACUUGUUUGCUGAGCCUUGCUUCACAGUCCACAGCUACCGCGAAACCUACUCACAGAUGAUACACCCGAUCCCCGACAAGAGCCUGUGGAAGGAGCUAGGCGAGGGCACUGAUGGUGGAGGAGCUAAAGUUGAUAUCAUCAUUCGGCCACCUAAAACGCGUAGGCCUCCUGGGAGACCGAAAAAGAAAGUUCUGCGCUUGGAGAGUUUAAAACGCCCAAAAAGAGUUGUUCAAUGUGGCCGAUGCCAUAUGCUCGGUCACUCUCAGAAGAAAUGCACACAGCCAAUGUGAUGCAUUCUCAGUAAUUCUUCCUUUUUUGUCUAUUUUUUCUUCUUCUUGUAUCCAUGAUGUACUUAUGUUGCAAAUCAGUUAGAAUUUAGGCUAUGGUGGCUUGCUACACCUGUCACUCUUGUUAAGAUAUUGUACUUAUAUUAUAUAGCUGUAGAAUUUAGUCGCCAGUUUGAAGUAAUGCCUCUCUAUUUUCUAUUAUCUCAAAGGAGGUGUGCACUGUUCAGUUGAGACUUGAGAAAUUAAGGAUCGUUGAUCGGUUUAAUCUUACUUCCCUCGAUGAACUAUAUGUAGUAGGGUAUUAAAUGAA